AAUUUGUAUAGCGUGGUUAAAAGAAUUUACUUUUGAGAUGAAUUUGUAGUGUUUAGCGCGAUUCUAUCACAGGAUGACUGUGAAUGAACAAUUAAAAGAAUCGGCUCGCCAUGAUUAUUCGUGGCCAGUCUUUAUUGGAAACUUUAGCAUUUUGCAAGAAUAUUUGUCAGAAAAAGAAAGUUACCUCUGGAGCGUGGUACGCUUAUUUGACUUUUUACUGCGAGGUUUUGGUCAAGUCGUGUUUUCGAAUAAUCCAAUUAGUGGUCUAUUGAUAAUAAUUUCUUUAGGAGCUACUUCACCAGGUACAUUAUUAUUCGCAGCCAGCACCGGUUUUUCAGGUCUUCUGUUAUCCAUGCUGUUGCAAGAUCCACAGGAACAUAUUGCAAAUGGGUUGACCGUGUUCAAUCCACUAUUAGUCGGCGCUGUAUCCUAUACUUUGAUACCCAGAGUCUAUGGGCCAUUUGACAGUUUAAGUAUACUAUUGAUACUUCUUGGGACGAUAUUCAGUGUUUACAUGACCCGAUCCAUGAGAGACAAUAAAAUACCAGCUAUGGCAUGGCCGUUUAAUCUGGCUGAAUUUGCAUUGCUCCUGGUCCUUUAUGCCAAACACAAUGGACUUGAUACGGCAGAGAAACUUAUGAGAAUGGACAAUGCAACAAGUGAUGCGACGACAAGCAAUGUCAGUUUCAUCGAAGAAAAUGCGACAGAGGUGCACAUUGACUGGGGAAUGGUAAAGUUUAUUUUUCAUGGCAUUAUAGUGUCAGCGUCGCAAGUAGUAGCAGUCGAAAGUGCUAUUACAGGUUGCGUCGUUUAUUUGGCUAUUCUACUUUUUUCGCCAAAGGCAGCUAGUUUCGCUUUUUUGGGGGCAUUUAUCGGCUCAUUGACGGCUUUAAUACUCGGAGCACCGAUUAAUGAAAUAUAUAUGGGUUUUUGGGGUUUCAACACUUUAUUGACAGGAAUAUCAUUAGGUGGAUUCUUUUAUACACUUAAUGGACAAACGGCUGUAGCCACGAUUGUAGCAAUCAUCUACACUGUGAUAGUACAAUAUUCUAUAUUGUUUUUGUUUAAAAAUUUGAAAUUGCCAAUAUUGUCACUGCCAUUUAUUCUGGUGAGUUCAUUGUUUCUGAAAUUAAGAAACAAUUCAGGAAGCAAAACUUCGUUACAAUCACUGUCUAUUUCAUCUUCGAAGAAACAAAGUCAGGAUUAUCUUGCCAACCAACAAUUCCAUCUCAUUCCACAAGCUGAACAUGUUCCUGCUGAAAUAGUGAAAGGAGAUAUCUACGAGGAUAAAAGGUUAAAAUACGUGAGAAAUCUAAGGAAAAGUCGAGUUGCAAAGAUUUAUUUUAUUUCCAAUGAUUCGCAAUAGGAUAAAACACUUAUUAUAAUUA